UAUAUAGAAUAGAGGGAGAACAAGGUUACAUAAUCGCAGUAGCAGCUUUUGGUUUCCCUCCACCGCAGCCUCGUUUUCUCUCCCUCCGUUCAAACAUGUUGUUCUUCUCGUACUUCAAGGAUUUGGUGGGAAGAGAAGUAACUGUAGAGCUGAAGAACGAUUUGGCCAUCAGAGGGACAUUGCAUUCCGUUGAUCAGUACCUCAACAUCAAGCUCGAAAACACUCGCGUCGUUGAUCAAGACAAGUACCCCCACAUGCUUUCAGUAAGAAACUGCUUCAUCAGAGGUUCGGUAGUGAGAUACGUGCAAUUACCUCCAGAAGGGGUGGACAUUGAAUUGUUGCACGAUGCCACUAGGAGAGAGGCUAGGAGCGGUUAGCGUCGUCACCUUGUGAUGUAUCUCUUGAAUGAAAAUGGUUAAUCCUACCACAGAAGGAAACUCCUUUAAGAUGUUAAUGCUACGUAACUAACUGUAUUGUCUUUUCCUUUUAUUUCUUUUGGAAGCUUUGUCCAGUUUUAAUGUGACAAAAUGAAACUAGUGUAAUUGCAUUGCUUUUUUCCUUCCCCAA